GUGAGCGGCCUCCAGCUGGAUUUAACCCCAUUCACCACGACUCUUUGGGCCCAGAUUUUUAACCCAACGAAGCGUACACCCGUCCAGGCCUCGAGCAGCCAUUUUCUCCAGGAGAAUGCUGUGGGAAAUGGGGUCAAAAGCCCUACUGAAGGCUAGGCAUUUCCUAGCAGACAUCUGGUGAGUUCAAGCCCCCCAGACCUCAAUGGUUUCUCUGUGAUAGAAGUAGCUCCGUAUGCACGGCACCAGACCACUGAGUUAUUCUGCGGUAUUACACUGCGGUAUUCGUGCUCAUCCCAAAACCAGUCCUACCCAUCACACAGCAACCCCACGUCAAGUGAGGUGGCCCAAAACAGAGAGGUAUGGCAGUGUUAUUGUGCCCGUAGGUAUGAUAAUUACUCCUUGACCAGCUUAAACAAUGCACGUGGAGAUCCACAGAAGGACAAAGCCACCCAAAGCGCACUUCUCCACUCACCAUCACACCCUUUUGUAUUAACAGGACGCAUCUUUAAGUCGUCAGAGUUUAUCUGAGAAAGAUCCAGGGGCCUUGAAACAUCUUGAACCACAAUCACAAAACACCUGGUGUGGACUGGGAGGUGCUGGCGCCUUAUGACCCAAGUCUCCCUGGUCAGCCGGCCACUGGUGGCCGUGUCACAGCAGAGCAGUGGCCGUGUCACAGUGGCCCCGUGACACGGCCUGGCUGGCUGGGGUAUAAAAGGGGACGUGGGCGCCUGUCCUGCACUCUGGAUUGUUCAGAGGAUGAGUGCAGAGAUGAGCCAGAACGCGACCUCUGCCAAGGCGAGGAAAUCCUCCUGCAUGAAGUCGACCCGGAUAGAACUCUGGGACAGCAUGCAGCGCAGGUGCCUGAUGCCCAACGUCACCACCAAAGAGCAAACAGACGUCUGGAAUACGGUGGCCGGCUACGUGCUGCAGCAGCUCCUGCAAUGCAAGGGCGUCCGAAUUCCCACUCUCGGCUCCUUCGACAUAAUCCAGAAACAGAUCCAAGCUGGGGACAGGGCUGUGAUUUUGCAGUGGCCGGUGUUUCACCUGGCCACCAACCUCAUAAACACGCACCACCUUGUGGAUAGCAAGGGCAGCCUGCCAGCCCAUAAGAAGCUGGAGCCUCUGAGACGUGCCGAGGUGGCGGCGAAUGCCUGCGUGUCCUGGCAGAAAGCUGACAGCUGCAUCCGAGGCACCAUAUCCCUCAUCUCCCAGUGCCUGCGGGAGGGGGAGAACAUCGCCCUCGUCCUGAGGGACGUGGGGGUGCUCCUCAUCGAAGGCACCGGGGUGGAGAUGAAAUUCUACUAUGACUUCCUGGAGAUGCUGUGUGGAAAGGAGGACCUUCAGAAUGCGGUUUUGAAGGUCCCGCAGCUGAUGGACACCGUGGUGUCCCGGCUGGCAGUCGUGGCCUCCCUGAUGUCCUCUGGCCGUGUCGUCAUCUUCCCCGAGUUCGACGUGGAGUUGGUGCCCAAAUCAUCAUCCAGGAAACCCGCCAAGGCCUCAGGAAAACUCCCCGGGGAGGAGAAGAAAAAGAAAGAUGGGGUCUUGCCACCUCUCAGCCAAGGCAAGAAAGCCUCAGCGGGAUUGCUCGACCUGCCUUUCACUGUGCGCUCGAGUAUCCCCAAAUACGAGAUCCCAUGGCUGAAGGAAACAAAAGCAGCGGAGAACGGGAAGAAGUCUGGGAUCAGCUGGCUGCCAGCGAUCCCGGGGCUGCCUCCUGCCAAAAAACAGCCUUUGGCCAGCCAAGACCAGGACAAACUCAUAACCGGAAAUGAAACACCAGGGACGAGCCAAGCACAGGCAGCGACACCUCAGGUGGUCACAGGAGAAGAGCAAGCAGUGGAGAAAGCCCUCCGUGGUGGUGGACUGCCAGAAACUCCAACGAAGACAAGCUACAGGAAGCUGUCUCACCCUUUGAGACCUCCGACUGUGAAGAAAGUCCCCAAAAUAAUCAUAUCACCAUCGAGCUCCAAGGAGAGCCUGCCCCUGAGGCCCCACUAUAACACCUCCCUGCUGAUGCCCACCCUGGACGGUACAUCCAAGACAAAGGUACCCGAACCGUCCAGAGCAAGGCACCUGGGGCCGCAGAGGCCCCCUUCACAGUCUGAGAUCCUGGAGCUUUGGAAGCGUCACCUCAAAAAGUAAAACCUGAAAACGAUU